CGAGUAUAGUGGUUUUGGUUUGGAAUUAGCGUCUGCACAGGAUCGAGGAGAGACAAAAUGAACUGUUUCAGUUUAAUGUGUGUUCUUGUUUUUUUACUCUGGAGUAGGUGGGCGACCAGUGUAGAGCUCAGAUAUGAUGGCAAAAACGUAUGCAGCCGGCCAUACAUAUUCCAAGCAUAUCACACUGUACCCAAACGGAGGAUUCAAAGCCAAAGUUUCACUGUUUGCUGCCCAGAGAAUCAGAAUAUGUGGGGUAUACGCGUAUGUGUCAAGAAAUGUACAAAGUACAGAACAUUUCAUUCUACUUACUACGUGAGUCAACUGAAAGUUAUCAGGGGAAUUGCACGUCAUUGCUGCACAGGAUAUGCAAGAAGAGGCACAGAAUGCCCAGAGCCGAUAUGCAGACCUCCUUGCAAAAAUGGCUACUGCAUUGCACCAAAUCAAUGUUUUUGCAAAUCGGGAUACUCUGGUCGUUACUGCCAGAAUGGAUUUGGAUCAUACACAAUCUUGGGUGCUGGACGUUAAGGCCAAGAUCAAGAAACGAAACUUCAAUUGUAGUAGAUACACAUUAGAUAUUAAUAAUACGUACUAGAUGUAUUCGGUAGCUUUGCCGUUUCAAAAUGUGCCAAUAGCUGCCAUGCAACAUUGUUAAAACAUCUCUCUCUGUGGGUACCAUGCCCGUCAUAGGUUGUCAUGGCCUUCCAUUUUCUGCGAUCUCUUGCAUCUUGCAACAUCUCCUUUGUUUUAAUUGCAAAAUUUCCUGCCAUGGAUGGUGGAAUCAUUUGCCUGUCUUUCUCCGCUUUCUUGUCUCUUUUUCUCUAUCGUAAUGAUAUGUUCCAACCGCUGAAUCAGUAUGUCCUAUGAAUUUUCCUUGGUUCCUUCAUUGCUGCCCAUAUAUAAUAUUUGACUUUGCUAUCUGAAGUUCUUCUUUAUUGGUGACAUGUCGUAUACAAGGUAAUUUUAGCAGUCGUCUAAGAAACCACAUUUCAAUAGCUUCUAUUCGCUUUUUCGUUAUAUGUAAGGGUUGGAGUUACGUAGCAGUUUAGAACUCUGUCCAUUGCGGUUUAAAGAGAGGCCUUUUCAUAACACUUUAUUGGGUUACCUUGUCAAAUAUAUGCUGCAAGUUUCCCUCGGUAUUGGAUAUGAGAACAUCAUCAAAUGAUUUGAAAAGGAAACAAAAACUUGUAAUUCUUCUUUCUCGUAACUUGUAAUUCUUUUUUAUUUUGUUAAAUCAUUCAUGUAUUAAAUACGUUUCAUUUUUAAGUUGUGUUUUAAAUCCAUGUUAAAAGCCAGGGGGUAGUCACGAUAUUUUGCUCCUCCUGGUAUAUUCUUCGUAGUGUCAUAUAGUAGUAGUUCGUUAGUUAGUAAUUCGCUUUUGUAAAAUUUUAUAUGGAAUAGGAAAAAAUCUG